AUGGAAGAAAUCAUGUCUGGUACAGAAAGUGAACGGACCGCCGAAGACAGUCAAGACGAGUUUGAAAGCAUAGAAGUUGAGGCCACCGAGCUUGGCGAAAAUCGAGCAAGUGGCAUCGCUGUAAGCACGAAAGCAGAUGAUUCUUUAGAACCAUACGCUGACGAGCCACUGGCUGAUGAAGCAUGGUUAGCCAAUUAUAGGAAAAUACAAGAAGAGAAAAGUGAACUAGAGGAGGAUUUAAUCAAACGGCUGGAGAACAGAGUGCGAGUUAGUUACUGGUAAGUUCGCUAUCUUUACCAACAUUCCAACAAACCUAAAUCCAAUCCUGCAACAACUGUCAACGAAUUAUUUCUCUUUCGCAGGUGUUCUUGUGGGAACUGUAGCCUAACUCAUCUUAGAAAUAUCAGCGAGUGCUACUGCUGUAAAGAGCUCGAAGGCUGCUGUGAAGCACUGGAGAGUGAUAUUGUUGUAGAAGACUUGGAAGAAGGAGAUGUGUUAAAAUGCAUAACAGAACACCCUGGCUUUAGACCUGUUUGUCUGGAAAAAUGGAGCUUGCGACUUGCCAAUGGAAAAUACCAUAAAAAGGACAAGGGGUAUUACAAAAAGGUGGCAUCGGAGGAAAGGUGAGAUAAUAACAAAUAAUGUUUUUUUUUUUUACUUGCAUAACAUGUACAUGUCGGUUAUCAAAACUGUCCAUGUUGCCGUAGUUACAGAUCACACUGCUAGGUCUAGGAAAUUUUGGUUUUUCCUUAAAAGUUUAGUUUCAGUACAAUGCUUCAUAAACUUAACCAGAAAUAUGCUAAUCGCAGAACCUCGCAAGGCAGAUAGUAAUGGUGAAAAGUGGGAAGAAAGGGAAAAGAAUAGAGUAAAGAAAACAUCUGAAAAAAGGAAGAGUGAAAUUGAACCACAAUGUAGAUAUUAUCUAUAGUGUUUGAGGAUGAUUUAUUUAUUUACUUGUUUCUUUUGUAGAUAUCUGGGAUCAACUGCCUAUCGGGAAUUUUCAAGGCUGGUAUAUGGAUUCAUGGGCAAAAAAAGAAUACCUCUGCCAUCAUGUGCAUAUAAUGCCAUCCGCACUGCAUUCGCUCUACAGGAGGAUGAAACCUUUACUGGUUUUGAACUGGAGGAUGAUUAA